AUGCCGCGGCACGAGCCGGAGCCGGUCGUCCACAAACUUUACCAAAAGCAUCGAAUCGCUACACCUGGGGAUACCAUACGAGUAUUGGAGCUCUUGCCUGGAGAAGGCCCCUUGUUGAAAGCCACAAUGUGUUGCGUGGAUCUAUCGUCGGGCCCGAUCUAUGAAGCUUUGUCAUACGUGUGGGGAACAAUGGAAGCGGACGCUAGCUAUUUCCUUCAUAUCGAUGGCACAAUGAUGGAGAUUACUCCAAAUCUCCAUCACGCACUUCAAGCUCUGCGACCGAGACAGAGCCCUCGCGUCCUAUGGGUGGAUGCAGUGUGUAUUAACCAAAAUGACAACCGAGAUAAAGAGACCCAGAUCUGCAUGAUGGAAGAGAUAUACAGGUCCGCAAACCAUGUCGCUGUCUAUCUCGGCGAGCCAGCAACUGUCAGCCCAACGCUCUUCUCCUUUCUCAACCGGGAAGUAUAUGAAGAAGAUUCAGCAGAGAAGGCUGUUGAAGUCUUGGGCCAGAAUGAGAGCGAUAUACGACAAUUACUCGAAGCUUUCAUCCAUUUCUGUCAUCUGCCAUGGUGGAACAGGAUUUGGGUUCAGCAAGAGUACGGCCUUGCACAAACCAAUCCGACUUUCCACCUUGGACACGACUCGAUUCGAGUAUCCGCCUUGCUAAGGGACUGGAGAAUGCUGCAAGGAAAGAUCGCAACACACCUUGUACCAUUUGCUGGAGACUUUAAACUCGAUCUCGACGUUCAAAUGUCAUGGCAGCCCGUUAUGAGGCAAAUACUUCACGUCUACGGCGUCUUAACGCUCCGAUUGGCUCACGAUAGACCCGAGUUUCCUCACUUGUGGCUGCCAAGGGGCGUUCUCAAAAAGGUUAAUUUGAGGUGCACCAACCCUCGAGAUAGAAUAUACGGGAUGCGUCCCUUCUUGGACCCAGUUGCGCAAGCUGUUUUCACACCAAACUAUUCAGAGCCCGUCGGAACCGCUUUUCAUAAGCUUGCAACCUGGAUUCUUGCUAUCGAUGGAUGGCAGCAGGUCUUCUGGUGGUAUCCUCACAGACUCUCUCUUGACAUGCCUUCCUGGGUCCCGGAUUUCACCAAGCCGAUACCAGAGGCCGCGUUCCUGGAGCACAACUUAUUUGAUUACGGCAAGUUGAGGAAAAGCUCACCCUGCCCACUCGCCAUUCGGGAGGGCGUUCUAGCCAUGGAGGGAUACCUACUGGACUCAGUAAACCACGUAUAUGCAAUCAACCAGCCUAAUUGGCCAAGUACUGUCCGGGAGCUGUGGUUCCUCGAGAACAUAUUUGCCGCCACCCCAAGUGUAGCUUUGCUCAGAAAGGCUCCUCCAGUGUUCAAGGCACUGCCGACGCUCCACACUAGAGCUCUCGUACGAAAAUGGAUGAAUCCCAUCAUCAAACGAAACAUGGAAAGCAUAGUCUUUGAGCUGCCGCCUUUCAAUAUCUUCGAGAAGCACGAUAUCCUCAAAUCAACUUUCGACCCAUUCUUCAACGAAAUCAAAGAUGCCUCUAAAUCUCACAUGUCCACGUGCGAAAGCUUGAUAGAGCAGUUACGAGGGCUUUCUAGAGAAAUCACCAUUGCUACUCUUCAAGCCAGGAUUCCGAUCAGUCUUCAGAUCCAUGAGCACCUGAGGACUGGGUCCGCAUUUAUGCAGAUAUGCCUUCGGCUCUCGACUCUACACUUGUUUCUGGAGGAGAGCAAUCACUCUGCCACAGACCUAUAUGGCGCCGCACUGUUCGAUUACUCAAAUCUCUUGGAUCAGGUUGAACACUUAAGGAAGCCAAGUCUGCCUUGCCAGUACACCGAGUCGCAAACCUCUGUUGUCUCUGCCAAGUUGCGCAAUAUCAAGGGUUUCGCACAGAAUGAGAGCGCUACAGAUUGGAUUCCGAGCAAUGACUCCGGCGUAGCUGCGCAAAUACAACCCUGCUAUGAACUAUUGCAGCACCAUAUCACAGCGUGCGAGCACGAGGAGGAGGUUCGAAUGCGAGUGCGACUCAUCCUGAGCUACGCGCACGCCAUCCGAGCCUUCCCCGACUCUGCCAAAACAAGAUCCAGCACAACGCAUGACUCCUACCACCAAUACCGCGAUCAACAAUUCGUGGACCGCGACGCGUUAAUGAAAACGAUUGCAGAAGACAAGGCCAGACAAAAGGCGCUGAGCCAAAUGAUCCUCGACGAAUCGCGCCAGUACUUUGAAGCUGUCGCCGCGCAGUUCCCGGAUGAUGAGAACGCCGCGGCGAUGUUCGCACAGUUCGAGACGGUGGUCGAAGAAGGAGAGGCGUCGUCUGAGGCGCUUAGCGUUACGACUGAGACUGCGACUGCGAGGCUGGAAGAUGGAAAGCCAAAUAUCCUGGCGAAUAACAUGUUCAAUCACAAUGAAAAGACGUUCCACCGCGAGUCCUACGAGAACGCGACUUCGCUUUCUGGUCGCACGUUCUUCUCUACUGAAUUUGGACUUGUAGGCAUGGGCUGCCAGGGGGUUUCGGAUAUCAGGGUGGGAGAUAAGGUGGUGGUGCUGAAGAACACGGAGUUUCCGAUGGUGGUGCGGGAGAUGGAGGAGAAGGGGUAUCAUGAGAUUGUGGGGUAUGCGAUCAUCAGAGGGUUUGCGUAUGAGGGAUUCGAGAAGCUGGGCCGGUUUGAGAAGCCGUUGAGGCAAGCAUUUUACUUUCGGUGA